AUGGAGGCUCUUCCAGAGUGGUUGGGUAACCUUACAUCUCUUAUCAACCUGCAUAUUUGGGACUGUAAGAAUCUGAUGCGUAUGCAACGCCUCACCAAAUUAGAAACGCUAUCGAUUAGUGGAUGUCCCAGUCUAGCGGAAAGAUGUGCCAAGGAGAGCGGCCCAGAAUGGCACAUGAUUUCUCACAUCCCACGUAUAACAGUUGACGGAGUUGACCUGCCUAAAGAAUCGGAAUCUUCAAGUGAUGAUUCGACUCACUCAAAGCCUCACCAAACUAGCACAUUUGUUGGUUUUCAGAAGGAUCUUACUCAAUUGGAAGAACAAGUGAUGCGCAAAAGGUGCAAACUUAGUGCAGAGUCAUGUGUAGCGACUAGCUGGAAAAGUUUACACCAACAAUUAGAUAUGUUAUCAGUGAUAUCAAACCUUAACACUUGUAUACCUACUGUCAUCACUUGA